AUGCCAUACGUCGGCCUCGUUGAGCCUGUCUUUGUGCAUGUCGACGAGCCCGCGGCUUGCAAAAGCUCAGCUACUAUGGCGGCGUCGACGAGUACAUCUACAACACGACGGGGCCGUCGUAUCAGCUGCUGCCCGUCAUUGACGCGAUCCAGUGCUUCCAGACGGACGCGUCGCCGCUCCAACUCGUAUUUCCCAACAUGACGGCGUUCGAGCCCAUGUAUGGCAAGUCGGUGGUCAACUCGCGCAACUGCUACUCGUGGAAGUACAGCGUCGACUCGAAGCCCGACGCGCAGGGCCGCCUUGGCGUCUACACGCUCUAUGUCGACGUCGACACAAACGAGCCUGUUCGGUUCCACUACAUUGGCCACAACGUCAUGCUCGGCGGCAGCCACAUGGACGAAUACAUCCUCGACUACGAGUACAUCCGCGCCGGCCCCGUCGCGCCGCAGAUCUUCUCGUACCGCGUCGCGUCCAUGAAUUGCACGCCGCUGGGCCCAGACGUUGUCAACGCUCCGCUGCGCCCGACGAACGACUUUCACUUGCGCAUGCCGGAUGGCGAGACGCAGCGUGCUGACGCGUUCGACGCGUUCAUGGCCGCCCACGAGAAGGCGUACGUCGAUGACUCGGAGCGCGCGCGCCGCGAGAGCAUCUUCCACGCCAACGUCCAAUAUAUCAACGCGAUGAACCGCCAAGGUAACAGCUACACGCUGGCCGUCAACCACUUGGCCGACAAGACGCCCGACGAGAUGCGUCGCCAUUUCCACGCCAAGGCGCGCCACGCCAAGGACAAUGGUGCACAAGCUGUGCAUGCAUUGUCGAGUGCGUCACUGCCCGAGGAGUUUGAUUGGCGUAACCGUGGUGGCGUCACGCCAGUCAAGGACCAAGGCCACUGCGGCUCGUGCUGGACAUUUGGGUGCGACGACGGGGCGCUCGAAGGCCAGCUCUUCAAGGCCAAGAACGAAACGAUCCGACUCUCGCAGCAGAACCUUAUUGACUGCUCGUGGGACGAGGGCAACAAUGCGUGCAACGGUGGCCUCGACUACCAAGCCUACCGCUGGAUCAUCAAGCACGGCGGAUUGGAGACCGAAGCCACGUACGGCAGCUACAAGAACCAGCCGGGGUUUUGUCACUUUAACGCUUCCCGUGCCGUGGCCCCGAUCGCAUCGUUUGUGAACGUCUCGGGCGUCCCAGCGCUCAACGACGCCCUUGUCAACGUCGGACCGCUGUCCGUGUCGAUCGACGCGGCGUUGCCGUCGUUUUACUUCUACGCUGGUGGCUACUACAACGACAUUGAGUGCAAGAGCGGCCUUGAUGACCUCGACCACUCGGUGCUGGCGGUCGGCUACACGACGUACAAUGGCGAAAAGUACACGCUCGUCAAGAACUCGUGGAGCACGCAUUGGGGUGAGAAGGGCUACAUCAAGAUUGCCCAGAAGAACAACAUUUGCGGCGUCGCGACCAUCGCGACCUACCCCGUCCUGCAGAAGACGGCAGCGUGAGCUGUCGCUUGGCUCCUUUUUAGUGUAUCUCUCAGUCAAUUCAGUCUCCAUGCCCUCGUCC